AUGAGUAACGUGAGCACCAUUUUUGUGUUCGACAUAAAUCGGACACCGUCCUCGCCGAAUCCGACAGACGAGGAAGUUCAAGAUGCUAAGUUGCUUUACUACUACCCGGAACACCGGGAAGUAGAGGAACGUCGAUCGCAUUUGGGCCUGAUCGAGGGCCUGCUUGUUCUGCUUGCCUCCUUCACCAAGCACAAGAUAGACUUUUUGCGUACUAAGCUCUUCACAACAACGAUCAGCGAGUGGUGUGACGGGAUAUAUCUCGUUGUGUGUUUCAAGAAUGAAGAGAACUCCUGGAAUGAGAUGGCUGAGUACAGCCACCAUUGGAAGCACUAUAUAACUAAGGUCGUCCUCGAAAACGCAAAGAAGGUGUUUGAGCUAUUGUAUGGUCCCCUGUACGACCUCCUUCACGCCAGUGGCGGUAAUGCGUCGUCGAACGUCGAACACGUGAGGCGUGCAUUUGAGGACUUCCUGCCGUCCUUUAUCACGAAGGCCGCCGGCGACUCGUUCCACAUUUUGAAUAUUUGGAAUGCGUCGUACAAAUCGCAUGCUGGCGCCCUGAGCGCCCUGGACGCACAGGCUCUGAUUGCCGACCUCUGCAGCGAGUUUGAGGCGGUGCACGACUACAUAUUCAUCCACAACAAAGAAGUGCUCCACUCAUCCCUGGACUUGGACAACAUGCUGGCGCUCUACACCUAUCUCAUAAAGCACCAGGGCAGUGUUAGUUGCCAGCAUCCCAAUGCCAUAACUGAUGUACAGGUGUCCAAGCAGCGAGAGUUGUGCAUGAAGCCAUUGGCCGAUGGAGAGGGGGUCGGAGAGGCGCACAUUAUGAAGUCUGAAUCGGGCGAUGCCUUCAGCCCGAAGGUCCACAUAAACGGGCAAGCGUACCACUUGGGCGUGGUCUGCAUGGGCGACCUCUAUCUGGUGCUCCUGCUGCACUGUGACGACGUGAUGUUCACGCUGAGCAGCAUCAAGGAGUAUCUCUCGGGAGCACCCAAUGGCAUGGCAGCACUGUUGAAGUCGCUCAGCCAUACUCCCGUGGCGUCUAAAUUGCGCACGGUUUCCCUUAACUCCGUGACAAAGACUAUCAGGAGCGUUGGUUAUAACGAUGUUGACGAGAAGGCUUUGCGGGAGCUACAGAUCAUACGUGGGAUCCACCAUCUGAUCGAGUCUAGUUUGGAGGUCAUAACGCGUAUGCACGUUCGCUCCAAGCAGGGCUGGUGCAGCGCCAAGGUUUCCAACGGCAGGGAGAUGUACCUCACAUUGCCAUCUGAGAGCCUGAGUCUGACAGAUGUAUCAGGCGCCUUCAACGACUUUGUGAAGACGUUUCUGGGCGGCAUAUACUUCAUUUAA